UAUCAUCUGGAUCAUCGAGUCAUGACGAGCAGCAAUGGCAAUGGAGCUAAAAUUCAAAUUCCGGAGAUCAAAUUCACGAAGCUGUUCAUCAAUGGCCAAUUUGUUGACUCCAUUUCAGGAAAAAGAUUCGAGACAGUAGAUCCGAGGACAGAAGAUGUAAUAGCAAAUAUAGCUGAAGCCGACAAGGAAGACGUCGACUUGGCAGUCAAAGCUGCCCGUGAAGCUUUCGACAAUGGCCCCUGGCCACGUUUUCCUGCUUCUAUGAGGAGGACGAUAAUGCUGAAAUUCGCAGACUUGAUCGACGAAAAUGCAGAGGAAUUGGCGGCGCUGGACACCAUCGACGCCGGAAAGCUCUACAGCCACGUCCUAGCCGUCGAUAUUCCGAUGGCCGCCGAUCUCAUCCGUUACUUUGCCGGCGCCGCCGACAAGAUCCACGGCGCAACAUUAAAGAUGUCGUCGGAGACGCAGGCGUACACUCUGUGCGAACCGAUCGGCGUCGUCGGCCAUAUCAUUCCCUGGAACUUUCCGACGUAUGUGUUCUCCUUCAAAGUUGCCCCGGCCAUGGCCGCCGGCUGCACCAUGGUCGUCAAGCCCGCCGAGCAGACCCCUCUUUCCGCGCUCUACUUAGCUAAUUUAGCGAAGCUGGCAGGCAUCCCCGACGGAGUGGUGAACAUCGUGACGGGAUAUGGCCACACUGCGGGCGCCACCAUCGCUUCCCACAUGGACGUCGACAAGGUCAGUUUUACAGGGUCGACCGAGGUGGGUCGUCUGGUGAUGCAGGCGGCAGCCAUGAGCAACCUGAAGCAGGUGUGCUUGGAGCUCGGAGGCAACUCCCCCAUCAUCGUUUUCGACGAUGUCGACGUCGAUAAAAUCGUCGAUCUUGCUCUAAAUGGAGCCAUGUACAACAAGGGGGAGAUGUGCGUGGCAGGGACGCGGGUAUUUAUUCAGGAAGGUAUAUACGAUACAUUCGUCGCGAAGCUGGUGGCGAAGGCAAACGCAUGGGUGGUCGGGGAUCCUUUCGAUCCGAAUGUUCAACAAGGGCCUCAAGUCGACAAGAAGCAGUACGAAAGGAUACUUUGGUUCAUCGAGAAAGGGAAGAAGGAAGGCGCGACAUUACUAACAGGUGGCAAGUCUUGCAACAGAAAAGGUUACUACAUCGAGCCAACAAUCUUCGCAGAUGUUGCAGACAACAUGACGAUUGCCACAGAGGAGAUAUUCGGGCCGGUUAUGUCAGUCAUGAAGUUCAAGACUGUAGAGGAGGCAAUCAAGCGAGCAAAUGCUACCAAGUACGGACUUGCAGCUGGAAUUAUGACAAACAACUUGAAUAUAGCCAACACGGUGUCAAGGGCUAUCAAGGCCGGCGUAGUUUGGAUCAACUGCUACCUUUCACUCGGCCCAGACCUACCCUUUGGUGGCUAUAAGAUGAGUGGUUUCGGGAGGGAUUUGGGGAUGGAAUCUCUGCACAAAUACCUACAGGUUAAGUCUGUUGCGACUGCCAUCUACGACUCUCCCUGGCUGUGAAAACUUACAUAGAGAAUAAUGCAAGGAGUAUAUGGGCAACCAGAGAUCUUGAAAAUCGAUCUAACAGAAGAAUUUUUUAAGUGAAGAGAAAGAAAUAAGUGUUAGAGAAAUGCAUAUAGGGCUUAUACAUUGUGUCUAAAAGCCGCAAUAAAGUUAUAUAAAAGGGAUAGCUUCUCGCAGAUUAUCACAGUGAAAAAAAUGGGAUCUGUAAGAUAAUACAUAUAUAUAUAUAUAUAUACCUGGAUUUUUACGCAUCGAAUGAGUUCUAGGAAGCAUUCCUGCACUUCUCUACAUGAAUCUAUCAAACAUCAAAAC